AUGGUGGUCCUAAGUAGACUUAAACAAGAGUUGACGCAAAAGGAUACUGAAGGAGGCUUCAAAAAUAUUAGACAAUUACAAUCAGGGGCAGUAAUAGUAGACAGCCACACUGAAAGACAACAACAGAAGCUGAAAAAUAUAUUGAAAGAUAAGAACGACAUAACAACCAAAACAUCAGAUGGAAUCGAUCCUAUGUUCAUGGUCACAGGAAUUGAAAAAGGAUACGAGGCAAAAGAAUUCAUAGAUGAGCUCAUAAGGCUGAAUAAUGAAAUUGAAGCUAAAUUGAACUAG